CGCCAAGAUGGCGGACAGCGACUACGAGUCGGUCCUGUGCGUGAAGCCCGACGUCCAUGUCUACCGCAUCCCCCCGAGGGCCACCAACCGGGGGUACAGGGCUGCAGAGUGGCAGCUGGACCAACCAGCAUGGAGUGGCCGCCUCCGGAUAACAUCCAAGGGGCAGAUGGCUUACAUCAAACUGGAAGACAAGACUUCAGGAGAACUUUUUGCCCAAGCCCCAGUUGACCAGUUUCCUGGCAUUGCCGUGGAGAACGUGACCGACUCCAGUAGAUACUUUGUCAUCCGGAUUGAAGAUGGAAGCGGGCGCCGGGCGUUUAUCGGGGUCGGCUUUGUCGACAGAGGCGAUGCCUUUGACUUCAAUGUAGCACUUCAAGACCACUUCAAGUGGGUGAAACAACAGUGCGAGUUUGCAAAGCAAGCUCAGAACCCAGACCAGGGGCCCAAAUUGGACCUGGGCUUCAAGGAGGGGCAGACCAUCAAACUGAACAUUGCGAACAUGAAGAAGAAGGAGGGAGCCGCCGCGGGUGCCAAAUCUCGAUCAGCCAGCACGGGGGUGACGAGCUUGCUGCCUCCUCCCCCUGGAGGAGGGAAAUCUCCUGCUCUGAUCCCUCCCCCCGGAGAGCAGCUUCUCCCAGGCCUGGCCCAGACCUGCCCAGAAAGCACUUCCAUGACAGAUGCCACUUUGCCUUGGCCACCUCCCAGUACCUCUGCUGCCGCCUCGGCCGACAUCUGGGGUGACUUUGCCAAAGCUUCAGGAUCAACUCCUAACCAGACUCAGCAGAGCACAAGCUGGGUCCAGUUUUAGACCGGGCACAAGUUCCACUUUCCCCUGCGUGAAUGUGAGGGAAGACGCCUCUCCUCUUCACUUCGGACCAAAGGAUGGAGGAAGCCACACUCCCCGGCCUCUGUGUUUAAAGCCAGAACCUCCUCUCUCCCCUCAGCCUCCACCCCCACGUUUCUUUGAUGUUUGUCGUUUGAUCGGGCAUUACGGAAAGUGGCUGAUACCAAAGCACAAGGGUCCAAGGAUCCAAAUGCUGAAAUCAGAGCCCCCGGGGGCAAGAGAUGACAUUCUUCGCCGGGUCCGUAUUUCAUUUUUCCUUCUCAGUUCAGGGGUCCUAUAAUUUCUGGGCCUGGAACUCUGAUUUCAGCACUUGAAUCUAGGGGGACAAAUUCCAAAGGCAGAAUUGGAGUAGGGGGAAGGAAGGGGAAAUAUAUAUAUAUAUAUACGUAUGCCACUUCACUCCAUACCAACACUCUGCAGUGUUUACAUUUUUAAGUAAUUCCAAUAUGAGGGUGAGUGUGGCUUUGGUAUUUUUUUUCCCCUCCUCCCUCCCUCUCCACCUACUCUUGGCACUUAAAAUAGGUGCAGUGCUCUCCCUGGGAGGGCCGCUGAAGGCGUCAAAGAAACCAGGAGCAAGGAGGGGCACCCAAAGACCACAUUGCCUUUACAUCCCUUUUUAUAUUUGCUCGCCGAUAUGCCAACCUGCACAAGCACAAAACGCCCAAGCAAUAGGAAUCACAAGAGCAGCCCUGCGCCCAGUUAGGGCAUCCGAAGGAUCAAACCUCCGCCACUACAACUGCCCGCUGCGGUGCGUCUUCGGCUGGGGAAUGGAAGCCUGCCCAUUUGGAAAGGUGCGGGUGAGGCAGGAGGAGGUGAGCGAAAAGCCAGCCGGUGGUUGGGUGUGAAGGAGGUAGCUGCUUGCCACGUGUCCUGGGUUGUGCCACCGUCACCAGCCAAUGAGUUGGGUUUCCCUUUGUGGUUUCCAAAGUGCCUUGUUGACUAAAGACAACCUCUAAUCUCCUUUCUUCUGCAGGGAGGGUGAGGAGAAUGAAAGGGGUGCAGCUCAGAAGUAAGAUAUUGGUGGCCCAGACUACUACUGGUUUUUGUGGAGUGAUUGUAUCUGAGCAAGACUUUGAAAAACUCUUUUGUAGGCAUCCAACGCUUUAGCUUGAAUUAUUUUAUUACAAAGAGGAUAGAGACCAUGCUGAAAGCUGAUGAGUCUUUUUUAUGUGAUUGCUUUUAAGAUUUCCUUUUUCUAAAAAAAAAAGAGUUCUUGCUUCUAUUUAUAUCAAGGGUGAAGGCAUUUUUAAUUGCUUGAAGUCUUGCUUCCCCUUACCCGCCCUCUCUUGCAACUGGAAGGUGAAGAGAUCAUUUUCAGAUCAAAAGACCUAAGAGUUUAUGUGUGUGUGUGAAUUCUGCACCAGCAUUUUCAAGGGCCUAGAGCCAAACAGGUCUUUGAUGUACAAAGUAAACACAACAGCUCAGAUGAGAAUAAACUGAUGUUUGGCUGAA